AUUUCGGUCGAUGAGAUCUUCCUGCUGCUCUAUCACAUGCAGUUUGAGCCAGAGCAGGGUUCUGCUCCAUCCGUCCACUGAGCUCUUUCAAACAGCAUAUGAUCGUUCAAGCUGGAAGUUGAGCUUCCAAAGAAGGAAAUUCUUUAAGGAUCCACUCCCCUCAGUUCCCAGUUCUCACCGCGAGGCAGCCUGACUCGAUCAUCAGCAGGCUACUAGGAGGUCCUAGGACUUUUAUUACUAAGUUAGUACUAGUAAUAAUAGUAGUUGUCUGCCUGUCAUUAACGGUUAAUGCGGUGGCCCAUCUUGUUGCUGACCCCUUGGAUCAAAUUACUACUACUAGAAACAGAUGAGGUUUGUGUCAAGUUUGAGACCUAGAAACGAGAUGUCCAACGGCGCUACUAAGCAGAGGAGCAGGAGAAUAGCUGGAGCACUUUGGACGCCGGAGGAAGACAAUAUCUUAUUGGCCCACGUGGCAAAGCAUGGCACACACAAUUGGUUACUUGUCAAAUCCAUGGGCCUGCUGCCCACGCGAAAUCACAAGGCGUGCUGUAACCGCUAUAUUCUGCUCAAGAGGAAGCUGUCCAAGCUGGGUCAUCUCACAGCACACAUGGACAUGGCUGCAAAAGGGGAGAUUCCUGCUGUGCCCACCAUGCCUGCGGUGGCUGCUGUGCCACUGUUGACUGCUGUGCCAACGGUGGCUGCAGAUGGUGGCUUGACACGAGACACUGCGAAGGCUGCGAAAGCUGGGAUGGCUGCUGUGCCGACGGUGCCUGCGAAUGCGGCUGCUGUGCCAACGAUGCCCCGGGCGACUGGGACGGCUGCUGCACCAACAAUGCCUGCGAAUGCUGGAAUGGGGACGGCGAAGACAACGCAGCAGACUCUAGAUGAACGAGAUGAAUGUCUUUUUAGAGCCUCAUUCUGUCAUCAGCAGCACUCCUGCUGUCGUCAGCAGCAGUUCAGAUCGUGUCAUCAGCACCACGCGUCGUCUCAGCAUCAGCACACGCCAAACCAUCAACAAUGGGACACGGAAACAAUCAUGGCUGAGAGCAGCCCUCUGAUGCGGGGGAUGCAGAACUCAACCGCAGCUGCAAAAGCAGAGUGCUCGUGCAAGAGAGCUUCAGGAGAGCCAUUUGCAUCUGCUACACUCGACCUUCAGAUUGAAUCAGCAACAACAGUGAUGAGCCAAGCCAAUAUGGAGGAUGAAGCAGCAGAAGCAGCCAGUGAUGAGAUGAUGGUUGGAAUUACAAGCCCAGCAGCAAUGUCCUCACACUCCCUAUGUGCACCCAAGUGCGUACACAUUCCGACAUCGCGAAUCAUCCGUUCAGCGCCAAAAGAAAGCCUUCAAACUCCACAGAUGCACCUGUCAGGAUCAGAGCAUUGCCUUCCAGUGUUCCCCUCUCAACCGCUUCUCCAGGCCACAUCCGAGUCAUCAACCUCGAAACCAUUCGCUGCGCAUCUACUUCCCCCUCAUCGUACUGUUUCUCUUACUCUCCCUCCUAUUCGCCCUCCUACUCUCGAUCUUCCUCCUACUCGCCCUCCCACUCCUCCAACUACCCCCACUACUCUCCCACCUCCGCUCUCCCUUCCUCAUGGGAAAGUGGACAACGGAACCUCAAUUCUGGUCGCAGCACCUGCACAGGAAUUGAAGGGUGUUGAAACCACAUGCUUGGUCGACUCGCCUAUGCAGGACCUGGAGGAGAUUGAAGCCUUCUUGGGUGCCCUACCUGAUCAGACGAAUUUGCAGAUGCCUCAGCAGGUGCAUCAGCAGGUGCAUCAGCAAGAGAAUUCUGCGGAGGGAAUCAAUGCCUACUGCAGUUUGCCAGUUGUUGCGAAUCAGAGGCCACUUGUCUACCAUGCAGCACAGGGUGCAGUCUCUGCUGACACCAGCCAUAGGCAUCAGCACGUACCUGCUGGGGAUGCUGCUGCUAAUGCGCCUCCUCCCUCUGCUGAUAUGGCUCCUCCUCUCUAUGCUGAUGCGGCUCGUUUUCCUACUUCUCCUUUUGCACAUGCUCCUUCCCCUACUGCUCCUUUCCCAUCUGCUCCUUGCCCCACGGUGCCUUCUGCCGCUUCUUCUCUUUCUGCCGGUGCAAUUCUACUCGCCUUUGCUGAUUUGCUCUCUGCUGCUGCCGUAUCUCCUGAUCUACCUGGCCCGCGCUGUGCUGCCAUGGCUGCCGUGGCUCCGACUGUCAGUUCUGAUUGGCCGGCAGCCAUCGACGCCGCCGCUUCAACCGCUGCCAUUGAUGGCGCGAUUGCAUCGCUCCUUAUUCAGGCGGAGCUGAUCAGAAUCAACAAUGCCCGGCUGCUGCUAGCUCCUAUACCUCCAACAUCCGCAACAGCCGUUCAGGUUGCCCCAGCACCCUCUCCCCGCCACCCAAAACUCACAGCGCGCCCCUCUGCACCUCUCUCGGUCGCUCUUUUUGCCCCUCUUUCUAUCCCUCUUUCCACCCCACUUACCACUCCUUCUGGCCCCUUUUCCGCCCCACUUUCUGCUUCACAGCCGACAUCGCAGUCCAGAACACCCGUUCUUCGUAUUCCACCUUUAUCACUGCCACCUGCUGCUCCCCCCUCUGCUGCUGCUCCUCCUGCUGCUGCCGCUCAUCAACCUUCUCCUCCUCCUCCUACACCCCCUCCCCCUGCUGCUGCUGCUGCUGCUGCUGCUGCAGCUGCUACGCCUGCCACUAUCAGUUCACUGUUUCUCGGGCCGUCUAGCUCUGCUGCUGUUGCUGCUGCCGAUGGCCGUGCUGCUGAUGCUGCAGCAGAGGCGCGGCUGAAGCCGGAUGAGCUGUUUGAAGCGUGGUGCAAUGGGCCCUUCGCGAGGAUGAGCUGUUUGUAGCAUGGCAUAAUGGUCGUUCUCAAGUGGGUGAGUACAUGGCAUGGCAUGGCUUGGCAUGCAUCAAGAUAUUAUGGCAUCGCUUGAUAUCCAGUAGUAUGUAUGGGAUGAUGCCGUGUGUGGCGAUCCAGCUGUUGUGUGCUGCCACAAAUUGCUAUUUAUUGGUACAUAUUUCAGCAUGUUGGUUGAUUUUUCCAUGGUGGCAUUCCUGCAUGGCAGGUUCUCCACAGCAUCUGACCAGAGCUUUGAAUCUCUGCCCAUUCACGUACAACUAGAUGGAGGUUUUUGAACGUGUUCCUCCACACCUUGCAUCAGACGCGCCUUGGAAAAAGCUCAUGUGGUCCUGUUGUGCAGUUGAAUUGCCUGAUUACAUGGCCCGGUCCGGCUCAGUUCAGCUCAGUCCGAGCCGACGCGAGCGUGCAUGGUGCACUUGGGCUGUAUCAAGGUUACCAUCAUUGUGCGGGAUGGCAUGUACCCUGCCCACUGUCCUUCAAAGUUAGAGUGCAAUAGGAGCUCGGUUCGAUAGCCUAUGGUACCAGCCUUUUUGCAAAAUGGCAAUGCAUUGAUGACUUGUAGA